UUGGCGUGCGUGUCGCAUGAUCAUCAUCAUCAUCAUCAGCGCAAGCAGUACACCAGAGAAACACAAUAAGUGAAAUCAAUUCGACCGCUCAAACAAUACAACGGUGAAACAACAACAACAAUAACAACAUUAGCAGCAGCAAGCGAGAAAGACGUUGCACAACAUCGUAAUUCGCGUGAUGAGAGCGAGAGAUAUUUUCGAUUCGAAAUUAGUGUUGUUCGUUCAGAAGCAGUAGCGAUUGCAUUGAACGAGCAAGCAAUCCGGAAGAAGCGACGACGACAAGGCAAAACAGUUAACGAGAGAGUGUGAGAUAGGUGUCGUCGCGGUAGCAGUCGUGCAGUGGUUCGAGGCUAUACCAUAGGAGGCGGCGAAGGCGGCGGCGGCAACAGCAGUAGCAGCGAGCGAGCGAAGAAGAAGAAGCAGCAGGAAGCAGCUAGAAGCACACGUUACUACCACCAUCUACGAUCACUUCCAAUCGAGAUCACGUAGUGCACAUAUGAGAGUUCGCCCAUCGGCUGAGAGAGGAGAGGAGUUUUCCGAGCGACUGACCGAAUACUGACCGCAGGGCCACAACGCACCAGCAGAAGGCGGCGUCUCUCUUUUCGAAUCUAUUUCUUCGGCCGUGCAGAAGGGGGAAGACGGAAAUAUGGAAAAGAGGAUAGAUCUGGAGCGAAGGGGCAAGGAGCCAAAAGAUAUAAAGGAACUGAUUCUGGACAAUUGUCGAAGCACAACCAUCAUCGGUUUAACAGAUGCUUUCAGCAAUUUGGAGAGCUUAAGUUUGAUAAAUGUGGGGCUCACAUCUCUGAAAGGAUUCCCGAAACUUCCCAACCUCAAGAAACUAGAAUUAAGUGAUAACAGAAUCAAUAAUGGAUUGAACGCGUUAUCGACGAGCCCCAAGCUGACAUACUUGAACCUGAGCGGCAACAAAAUUCGCGACCUGGAAGCACUGCAACCGCUCAAGGAUUUCAGGUCCCUGAAGAAUUUGGAUCUGUUCAACAACGACGUGCAGAAUCUGCUGGACAACUACAGGGACAAGAUAUUCAGGCUCAUUCCGAGCUUGAAGUACUUGGACGGUUUCGAUGCUGAGGAUCGCGAAGCGGAGGACAGCGAGGCCGAGGAGGAGGUCAACGGCAACGAGGACGAAUCGGAGGAGGAGGCAAGCUGCUCCGACGAGGACGACUACGGUCAUGUAGGCCUGGGGACCAUUUACUCUGAGAAUUUGGACGACAUGUCCGACGAGGACGACUACGAGGAUGAGUACGAAUCCGUCGAGGAAUCGGACGUUGAGGCCGUCGAGGAAGAGUCGUUCGAAGACGAGGAGGAAGAUGAAGCAGCAGAGUUACCAUCUAAAGCUCACGUGAGGGGCAAGAAGCGGAAACUGGAGGAUGUCGAGCCGGCCGAUAAUUAGUGAUUGCAAAUAUUAAAACAGAAAAUAAAUAUAAGACGACGAUGUGAGGAGGAGGAAGAGGAAGAGGAGAAAAAGAAGAUGAUGAUGACGAAGGAGAAGUGACCAAUGGUGAAAACUAUAUUAGUUUCAGUAUGAUUGGUGACAAAAAGUGAGAUGACACACCUGGCUGUGCUACUCUAAAUAUUAAUACAAAACAUAAAUAAAUUGUAUAAAAAAAAACAUCAAUUGGAGAAAAGAGGAAGAAUGAAACAGUAUGAAUAUAAAUUUAACACAAAAAAAAAGAAAAUAAUUUGAGUCUCGAUGAAAGCAGGAAACUAACUCACAUACAAACACACACACUCACACACAAAAAGUAACA